AACAAGACUACAUAGACUACAUUAGCUAGUUUGCUUACAAGACAAGCUGAGUUAGCUACAGUGUUUGUUACUUGCAUGCGAUUUGCUGUGUUCUUGGGGGCGGCACGCAGCGUAGGAGACAGAGCUGCCUGUCGGGCAUCGUUCAGGGCUUAAAUGCCCACAAGCAUGGGUGUGUAGGGCAGACUAAACAUCCGAGAAUACAAAGAAAGAGGCAUCAUGGCCGAAAUAUCUCUGUAUCUCACCAACGUAAAUGUGUCUUUGGGCCAAACGAUGGACGUAGAGAAGAUCCCCAGCACAGGGAAGGACUUUGAGAGUGUCGAGCUGGGAGAUUUGGAGAAGGGGGAUCAGAAAGAAGAGAAAGCCCCACGAAGGAUCAUCCAUUUCUCUAGUGGAGAAACCAUGGAAGAAUACAGUACAGACGAGGAGGAGGGUGAGGACAAGGAACCAGAGAAGAAGGACCUACUGUCCCCCCCUGUCGAUGCGGUGAGGAACAAGCUGACCUGGGGCCCGUACUUCUGGUUCCAUAUGUGGAGAGCAGCUACCUCCACUGUUUCAGCUUGUGACUACCUCGGGGAGAGGAUGGCCUCGCUCUUUGGAAUCACAUCGGCCAAAUACCAGUACGCCAUCGACGAGUAUUACAGGAUGAGGAAAGAGAAGGAGGAGGAAGAUGAGGACAACCGGUUAUCAGAGGAGGCAGAGCAAAACUUUGUCGAGAAUCAGGACGAGGAAAUCCAUGGACCAAUGACUGAUCAGCCAGAGGGAACCGCUACCACCCCCCACUCCACGGACACCUAUGAGGUUGAGAAAGAGGCCAAGGCCACGCCUACUGCCAUCAGGGUCCCAGCCAUUGUCACGACAACAACCUAACUAACUUCUGGAGAGAUGAUUAUGUGUUGUCCAUGUUUGUUUUGUUUUAAUUUGUCAAGGAGGUGGAGGCGCUCUAGGGUCUGUCUCUCUGAUAGUGCUGAACGAUUAAAUGAAAUUUUGUGUGCACAUUGCACAGAUAAAUCAGAUCCAGACUGAACUGUGCGAUGUAGUACGGCGUUGUAGUUUCCAACAGGCCAAUAUUCUACAUAGUUUAGUGUGUAAAAUGUUGUAAUUAACUAUAAUACCCAUAAUCCAUUGCGCAACUACUUGUCCAGUCUGUUUCUUUUACUGCUUCUAUGGAAGAGAGAAGAAUGCGAGAUUGUGAGGUGAUCUAGAGAGCAACUGUUGCUUUGCGGGGUAUCUACCUGAAAAUACAUGAUCUAAGUGAUUGAUAUUAGUUGGAAUCACUUGGUAUUCAGCCGUCAAAAGUAUGCCUUAUUUACAUUUUAAGAACUACAUUAUUAAAUAGUGAUUUUGUCAAGCAGCAGCUCUAUAGAUAUGACUUGGAAUUUAAUAUAAAUGAAUCAAAUAAAACAAAUGUAAUAUACACAACUGAAAUAUUUGAUUAAAGUUAUGUGAAUAAAUGAUGGUUAAUAAGUGUAAUGGGCCGUCACUACCAUCACGGUACUUUUAUUAAUAGUUGUAUUCUGUGUUACAGCAUUCAACCCACAUAAUGCAUAUUGCAUUUAAUGUUUGCAAAAAUUAUUGAAAUCGAAAUUGAAAACCAUGAUUAUUUUUGAAUGAUCUAACCGAAACAGAACCGACCUCAAACACUAAUCGCUCAGCACUACUCUCUGAGCUCCCAUUUGGUUGUGGAUAUGAAGGAGCCAUCUAUAAACCUGGGAGUCAGACCUGCUACUGCUUUAGCCCACGCCUCUGUCAUGUCAUUAAUACCAGACUACAAAGAACUAUGACAACAACCAGUGAAGGACGAUGACAGAGUAGCGACAAAGAAGUUAAGAGUCGGUUGAAGCAGAAGCUGAUCCGACUACCAGGGCUAGCCUUCAGUGAUCCGACUACCAGGACUAGCCUUCAGUGAUCCGACUACCAGGGCUAGCCUUCAGUGAUCCGACUACCAGGGUUAGCCUUCAGUGAUCCGACUACCAGGCCUAGCCUUCAGUGAUCCGACUACCAGGCCUAGCCUUCAGUGAUCCGACUACCAGGGCUAGCCUUCAGUAAUCCGACUACCAGGGCUAGCCUUCAGUGAUCCGACUACCAGGCCUAGCCUUCAGUGAUCCGACUACCAGGGCUAGCCUUCAGUGAUCCGACUACCAGGGCUAGCCUUCAGUGAUCCGACUACCAGGUCUAGCCUUCAGUGAUCCGACUACCAGGGCUAGCCUUCAGUGAUCCGACUACCAGGCCUAGCCUUCAGUGAUCCGACUACCAGGGCUAGCCUUCAGUGAUCCGACUACCAGGCCUAGCCUUCAGUGAUCCGACUACCAGGGCUAGCCUUCAGUGAUCCGACUACCAGGGCUAGCCUUCAGUGGGCAGUGCCACUGUCCUUUCUAUAGUCCUAUAGUACAGGCACAGUGUGGUACGGUAGAAGUACUGUGUCGUUUAACUAUGUGUCUCCAGUGGCCUUACCCCUAACUGGAGGCUGGUCCUAACAUUCCAACCUCGUGUCUAUCUAUCUGUUGCCUCUGAAGGGCUGUGUUUUUUUAAACCUAAACCACAGAGCCAAGUAGUAGCCUGAACCUUAAUGCACUCGAACACAGGAAGCAUUCCUCCUUUAUGCACUACUACUAGCAUGCCACUCACUUUGUUUUCAUUUAGACAACAUUUGUUUAAAUACGUUGUUGAGCACUGACCUAAACAUGGUGUGUUGUUUCCCUGUGUAGCAGUACUGGCUUGUGGUCACUUGGUGACUUGUAAUUUGGAACAUCUUUUCAGGCUGUUGGUGUAGCUGAGAUUUUGUAAAGGCAGUAUAAUCUGUCAUAUUUGUUUUUACUAGUCCAUUGGCCUAAUGCACAGUUGCCCUUGUUGUAAAGGAACUUUAUGUUAAACUUUUAUUUUGAUAUUCACAUAUUUAUUAUUAUUUUUGUAUUUUCUGAGCACUUUUUUACAACGUACUUUAUGUAACAACACCUUGAUAAACUGUUAAUAAAUAUACUUAACUAUGCUUUAA